UCCAAGUGCCGAGGGAGGCGCGCUGCGACUUCCAGCACGACAUGUGCGGCUUCACCGCGACGCGCCCGCCCAACCAGAAGUCACGGAUGGAGUGGACGCGCGUCAACGGCAGCACGCCCAUCCACCGGCGGGCCCUGGACCACACUUUCCUCAACGCCUCAGGGAUGUACCUGUACGCCAAGUCCGCCGACGAGCCCAUGGGCUCGGAGGCCCUGCUGGACAGCGCCGUGUUCAACCCACCGCCUCCCUGCCACCGCAACGCGACCUCCAGGUUCAAGAACUCGUGCGAGAUCCGCUUCUUCUACCACCAGUUCGGGCCGCACAGCGGCUCGUUCGCCGUCACCGUGUACGAGUUCUGGCCGCGGAACAAGAAGAAGUCGUACCAGGUCUUCUGGAACUACGGCGACAAGAAGUCGAUCUGGACGCAGGUGCUCAUCAUCCUGCCGCACGUCAAGUACAAGUACCAGAUCCACAUGGAGGCGCGGCGCGGGCUGCGCGCCUCGGACCUGGCCCUGGACGACUUCACGCUCAGCCCGGAGUGCUUCGGCCUUGGCAUACCGAAGGAGGAACUUGGCGACUACAACUACGCUACUGCAGGGAAAGUGGAUGAACCCGUGGAGCACGCGGAGCAUCGUGAUUUCGUCAACAAAACUAUGUACCGGUUUUCGACGUGCGGCGCCAAGGGCAUGUCGGGCCCUAGCCAGGACAGGUGCUCGUCCUUCUACAACGGCACCAACACCAACGUGACGGUGCUCGACGCGCCGUUCGCGGGCGUGCAGCGCUGGGUCGUCCCCGAGACCGGACCGUACACGUGAGUAUCAUGCAUCGACAUAG